AUGUUAUUAUCAAAUCUACGGGAACGGUCUUUAUGUCUUAUAAAUUCCGAAAAUCUUGAUCCAACAUUUCAACCAUGGCUUACAAUUUCAGAUGCUAAAUUUCAUCCUGAUGUUUGUGCACUUUAUUGUCAUGCUAAUAUAAAUCCAAUUCAAUCAAUUCAAACAAAUUAUUUACCACCAUUUAUAUCUUAUUUAUGGCCAUUAAUACAUCAUGGUGCUAAUGUAUGGGCUGUUGAUCAUCCUACAACACGUGAAACAACACCAAUGAAAUUUGUUGUAAAAUAUGAUUUAUUAAUAUGGAAUUUUUUCUAUCGUUCAACAAAUAUUAAUCCAUCAUUAAAUUCAAAUAUUAUUUAUCCAAAAAUAUUAAUUCUUGCACCGGAUUGGUUUACUUGUGAAAAUGCAUAUAAACAUUUAUCGAAUGUUAAUACAGAUGUACUUAAAAAAAUUCUCAUGUGUUGUAUUUAUGAAGGACAAAAUAUUGAAAAUGAAUUAUAUAAAAAAUUAUUAACACAAGGUUGUGAUCUUCUUAUAGCUACACCAACGAUUGUUAAUGAUUUAAUACAAAAACGUCAUAUACAUUUUGAACGACUUGAAAUGAUUGUUUAUGAUCAAUUUGAUCUUCUUCUUCAAACAAUUGAAUUCAUAAAUGAAAUAUUAAAUCUUAUUCAAUUACAUACAAAUAAAACUAAAUCUAUUCAACAUUUUUUUCUAUCUCGUAUUGUAAAUCAACAAACAAAAAAUUUUAUUAAUGAAUAUUUUUCAACAAAUAAAAAUUAUUAUUAUCUUUCAUCAUCAAUGAUGGAAACACAUAUAUAUAAAAAUUUUUUUGUCUAUUGUGAACCAUGUCGAAAUUGGUCUGAACGUAAAUAUAUUAUUAAAGAAACAUUAGAUUUAGCAUCACAUUGUAAAAAAAAAAUUAUUAUGUGUGCACAUCAAACACGUCGUUUAGUAACAAUGCAAAGUAUUCUUAAUGAUUUAUCAAUACAAUCUAUAUUAAUACAUGCACAAUUACAUUAUGAUGAAAUUCAACAAUAUAUACAUGAAUGGCAAACAAUAAAUGAUCGUUUAUUAAUAUUAUUAAUUCAAGAUGAUAUAUUAAAUGAUAUAAUUAUUGAUAAUACAGAUAUAAUUAUACAUCUUGAUGUUCAACGUCUUAUAUGGUAUCAAUUAUAUAAUCAACGUAUGAAAUUAAUUCAUAAACAUUUAUUAACUAAUGAUCAUAAUAAUGAUAAUAAUAAUAAUAAAAUGAAAAAAAAUGAAUUAACAUCAUUAAAAUUAAUUGAAAAAUUUUAUCAAUCUAAUACAUUAAUAAAUAUACCAUUAAUUGUUAUAUUAUGGCCAGGUGAUUGUGCACAAGUAACAUAUGAUUUAAUUAUUUAUAUUAAUAAUUCAAAUAAUUAUUUACAUCCAUUAAUUGAACGUUUAGCUAAAAAUAAUUGUUAUGAAUCAUUACAUGCAAAAAUAAAUGUUGAAUUAUGUCCAACAUUAAAAAUGUAUGGACAAUGUUUAAAUGAUAAAAUUUUAAAACGUUGUCCAUAUAGACAUCAUUUUCAUUAUGAUAUUGAUUAUAUUGAACAAGAACAACAAGAAAAUAAUAAUAAUAAUAAUUAUUUAACAAAUUCAUAUGAAUUAUGUUUACCUAAUAAAGGUGAAAUUGAAUUACGUAUAACACAUAUUAGUGAUGGAAAUCGUUUAUGGGCAAAUAUAUUACGUUCAAGAAAUGAUAUUAAUCAAACAUUAAUUAAAAUAUUUGAUUAUGAUAUAUUUUAUAAACAAAUUGAAGAUGCUUUUAAUAAUGUUAAAAAUCAACCAUUAAGUGAAAUUGUAUACGGUGAAAUUUAUUUUUAUAUUGAUAAUAAUAAUAAAGUACAUCGUGUUUAUGUUUAUGAACAAGAACAUACAUAUUUUGAUAUAAGACGAGCUGAUUCAAUAUUAAAUAGAUUAUUAAAAGUAUCGAAUACUAUUAUAAAUAAAAAUAAUAAUGAAGAUACAAAUAAACAAAUAUCAACUAUUCAUAAACAAAAUUCAUCUCCGACAACAGUCAAUCGUCCAAUGUUAGUUGUUUUCAGUCUUGAUACUGGUAUAACAUUUACAUUAAAAUCUAAUGAACAUCUCUAUCCUAUUGAACCAUCUUCAUUAAAACAAUAUCCUCCAUUAGCAACUGAAAUAAUCUUAUGUAAUAUUUGUCCAUUAGAUAAAAUAACAAUGACAUUUACACCAUUUACAAUUGAAACUGUUCGUUCAUUAACAUUAAAUGAAAUAUUUAUGGGACGUAUUAAAUUAGCAACACGUUCAUGUUUUUGGAUCGAUCCACUUGUUAAACCAGUUCGUUUAGCUGCACUUAAACGUAUUGCAUAUGAUAAACCAAUACGAAAACAAUUAAUCCUAUCUAAACUUGUUCAAUCAAAUGAUAAUCAUAUGAAUUUACUUGAACGUAUAGCUAUUGAAGCUAAACUUAAUGAUGUACCAAUAUCUAAUCAAGAAGAAACACAAGAACAAACAAAACCAAUAAUAAAAUCUGAUGAACAAGAAAUAGUAAAAGAAGAAAUUAUUGAAGAUUUUUCACCUGUAUUUAAACCAUUUCUUAAUCGUAUUGGACAACUUAUUAUUAAUCCUGUUGGUCGUUCAAAACAAUUUUUUAUAAAGCAUAAUCAAGAAUUACAAAAUUUUGAUUUUGUUAAAAGAAUUUCAUCGGAAAAUAAUGAAAUAUUAAUUAAAGAAUCUUCAUCAUUAAUUGAAGAACAAUCGACUAAAGAAAAAAAUAUUAAUAUUGAUCGAUAUAUUCCACUUGGUCGUGGACAUAAAAUGCAUACAGAAUCAUCAUCGAUAGUAGAAAAUAUUCUUCAUCGACCACAAUCAAUACCAAUAUCAAAUACAGUUGGUUUUCAACAUUCAGACGAAUAUUCACCAUUUCAAACAUUAGUAAAUACUCAACAAUCAUCAAUUAAUUCAAAUGUAACAACACCAUCCGAAAUUGGACCAAGUAAAAUGAUACAAAAUGAAACAAAAACUGAACAAAUUGAAGAAGAAGAUGAAAUCUUUGAGGAUACGAUCGAUACAAUUCCAGCAGCUAAUAAACCAUUAGAAUUAAAACAAGAACCUAAUGAUGAUUAUGAUGAUGAUGAUCAAAUGAUGUUUAUUUUUGGUCCUAAAUUAUUUUCUCAACUUCGUCAAAUAAAAGAUAUGGAAGAUGAACAACGUCGUCAAGCAGAUUUUCCUGUACAUCGUAAUCGUAAUCGUCAUAUGCGUAAUAAUAAUAAUAAUAAUUUAAAACCAAAUAAUCAAGAUAAUAUUAUUAAUAAUAAUGAUGAUGAUGGAAAUAAUGAAAUAAAUGAACAAAAAAUUCAUGCACCAAAUAUGAGUCGUUAUGAACCAUUUAUUGAUGAACGUGGUCCAUUAACACAAGAACAAAUUGAUUAUAAACAAACACAACGUAAAACACGUCUUUUUUGGGAACAAACAUCACGUGAUAUUUAUUUAACAAUUGGUUUUUAUAAUGUUGAUUCAACACAAACACGUGUUGAAUUUGAACAAAAUUUAAUUUAUUGUCGUACAAAAAUUCGUACAUAUGAUCGUUAUGUUCGAAUUUAUUUAGCAUAUAAUAUUAUACCUGAAAAAUGUUUAUUUCAAGUACGUCGUUCAAAUAUAUUAUUAACUAUACGUAAAGCUAAUGAAGGUUUUAUGUGGACAACAUUAACAAAUCGACCAAUUGAACCACGACCAGAUUUUUUUAUUAUUGAUUAUGGUAGUGAUGAUGAAUCUGAUACAGAAAAACGUCGUCGAACUGUUAAUCAACAAUGGGAACAAAUACGUGAUGAGAAAAAUAAAUUAAAAUUGAAUAAUAAUGAUGAUAAUAAAUAUCUUAUCGAUGAUAUUGAUGAUGAUGAACAUCAUCAACAACAACAACAACAACAACAACAACAAAUUGAUAAGUUAAAUAAUAUUGAUGAUGAUGAUAACAAUCAACAAGAAUUAACUGAUACAUCAUCUGAUUGUCAUUCAACUGAUUCAGAUGAUUGUUAUUAUGAAGAUCAAGUACCAGCUAAUCAUAUACCACAAGGUUAUGAUGAAGCUGAUUAUGAUCAUCGUUUUUAUGGACAACAAAUACGAUCUUAA